AUGGCGGAGGCAGAAAGGCUGAUAAUUGGCGACGAACAGGGAGGAGAGGGUGAAAAGGAAGCGCAAUUAGAAGGAGAGGCGAGGGACGAGAAGACAAUGGUUGUGGCGGCGAGUAGGAAGGAGAAGAGGAAAGACAAGAAGAAGAUGAAGAGAAAGCAGGUGAGGAAGGAGACAGCGGCGAGGGAGAGAGAGGAGGAAGAGAAAAGGAUGAAUGAUCCAGAGGAGCAGAAGCGGUUGAAGGAGACGGAGGAAGAGGAGAGGCUGAGAAUGGAGAGGGAUAGGAAGGAGUUCGAAGAGAGGGAGAAGAAGUUGUUGGAGGAGAUGGAGCAGAAGAGGAAGGCGGAAGAGGAGGCGGCGGCGAGAAGAGAUGCUGAAGAAGAAGAAGAAGAGGAAGCUAAGAGACGAUUGCUGACUCCUAAUGAGGAUGGAUGUGACGAGGAUAGUAAUUGGGAGUAUGUAGAAGAAGGGCCAGCUGAAAUUAUCUGGCAAGGAAAUGAGAUAAUUGUCAAGAAAAAAAGGGUUCGAGUGCCGAAAAAGAAUGCGGAUGCGCAAAGGAAAGAGGAUGCCGACAGGCCUACUGCCAAUCCUCUCCCGCCGGAAUUGGAGGCUUCGACUCUUUCAGCACAAGAGAUGCUGGAGAAUGUUGCUCAACAAGUACCAAAUUUUGGUACUGAGCAGGAUAAAGCUCACUGUCCAUUCCAUUUGAAAACUGGAGCCUGCCGGUUUGGUCAGCGUUGCAGCAGGGUACAUUUUUAUCCAGAUAAAGCAUGCACCCUGCUUAUCAAGAAUAUGUACAGUGGCCCUGGCCUUGCUUGGGAACAGGACGAAGGGCUUGAGUAUACAGAUGAAGAGGUUGAUCGCAGUUAUGAAGAGUUCUAUGAGGAUGUGCAUACAGAGUUCUUGAAGUAUGGCGAGAUAGUGAAUUUCAAGGUUUGUAGAAACAGUUCAUCCCACUUGAGAGGAAAUAUGUACGUUCAUUAUAAGUCACUGGAUUCAUCUGUGCUUGCCUAUGAGUCGAUCAAUGGCCGUUACUUUGCUGGGAAACAGGUUACAUGUGAAUUCGUUAACAUUAGCAGAUGGAAGGUAGCCAUAUGUGGGGAGUAUAUGAGGUCAAGACUUCAGAACUGUUCUCGUGGAAAUUCUUGCAACUUCAUCCACUGUUUCCGCAAUCCUGGUGGAGACUAUGAAUGGGCAGAUUGGGACAAACCUCCACCGAGGUUUUGGGUGCAAAAGAUGACUGCUUUAUUUGGUUUCUCUGGAGACGCUGAGAGUUACGAACACAAGGAAGGGAAAAUAGGGAGCGCAUCUAGCAAGGAAAAUGUUAAUGAUACAGACAGGCUUCGAUCAAGAAGAUCCAUGUCCAGGGACUUUGGGCAUUGGUCCGAUAGAAGAAGAGAUAGAGACGAUUAUGUUCAUGAAAGUACAUGGGAGAGGAGACACAUAGACAAUGGACAGAGACCUAUUAGAAAUCUGGAUGAACGAGACCGUCGUCAUUCUGGUAGCAGGCUAGAUUCUACAUCUGAAGAAGAGGGUUGGUCAGAUAGGGACAUGGACAACAAGGAGGGACACAGAAGAAGUAGCCGAUCAAGAAGUCGUAGUUCGAGAAACCACUACGAGGAGAACAGAAAGAAUGAUAGUAAGGAUGUGAUUUCAGAUGAGGAGAGGAAGAAGGGGCCCCGAAAUGGGCAACCAAGUCACAAGAGAAGGACUGGAACAGAUCGCCGAAAAGGCAGGGACAGAGAGAGAGAAAAGAACAGUGUGAAAUCUCCUGAUGAUACCAUCUUUAGUAGAAGGUCUGAAGAAGUUGAAGAUGGUGAUCGUUGGGUUGAUAGCAGACCGCAUGAUUGCAAUGACUUCGAUUUUCAGCGAGAGAAGGAAAGCCGAGGAAGGCAGCAUGGGAAAAGAAGACGGCAUGGUGGUCAUGACAAGGAAGACUCGGAUGGUGACAAUGAUGAUGGUAGGAAUGAUGUAAGCACCAAGUGGUCGAAGCAGCAUUCAGACAGGGAACAAUCCCCAACAGGAAGUCAAUCGAACCGAAGGAGACAUUCAAGCAGAGGGCGUCCGGAGCAGCAUUCCUCCACCACUACUUAUGAAGAUAGGUGGGGAGCCUGA